AUGGUGUCUUUCUUUGGUCUCGGGAGGAAAAAGAAAUCCUCCCAAGACAACACAAACGGGAAUGCCCUCCCCAAGACGACGGCAAUGGUGGCCGCCGCCGCCGCGGUGCACGUGGCCUCGGCCCCGGCACCGUGGAUGCUCCCAACGAGCGAUGACAAGAAGAACAACAUGAGCAGCAGCAGCAGUAGUUUCCACGACAUACCGCGGCCGCCGGUCCUCGGCCCGCGCCCGGGGACGUCGGCGUCGAUGCGCGCCAACACGUCACCGCUCCUGCCGACGUAUGGCGGCAACGCGCACGAGUUCCCGCCCCGCAGUGAUAGCAGGAACCGGCCCCGGGCAGACAGCCACGCGCUGCCGCGGCCCGACAUGUUUGGCAUGCGGCUGGGCAACGGCAGCACGACGAGCCUGAAGCGGCCGCCGCCGCUCGGCGGCGAUGGGCUCCCCGCCAGGCCCGGCACGUCGCACGGCGAGGACAGGAGCAGACAGUGGGUAAACCCUCUGGAUGUGCACUACGGGCGCAACGCCACCGUGCCGGCCGCGGCAAAGUCGCCCAAGAUCCUGGUCGAGAGCGGUGGUCGGCCGGCCGGAGCCGAGGAGGCCGAUGAAAACAAGCCCGUGGUCAUCACGCAGGUCAACAGCUCGAGCCCGCCGCUGUUGUCGCCACUCGAGGGCUUCGCCGGCCCGCCGCCCACCACGGCGCUCCCGUCGCCGCCCAGGUCGACCAAGGGGAGCAGGGAUGAUGGGCUGAGGCCUGUUCGGCCACCGGGAGGAGGGUUGCCGUCGCCGGCGAUGUCGACCGAUGAGGGGACGGGGUUGAGCCGGAGCGGGAGUGGGCACGACAAGACCACGGAUGUGGCAGGUUUGGUGGGCGGCAGUGCUGGCGCCGGCGCCGGCGCCGUUGUGAGCAUGCCCAAGCCCAUCGGGGUUGUGAUACAGUCGGUGGGUGCCAAGAGAGACACCCUCACGAUCAGCGGGUCGAGGCAGCAGAGCUUGAGCAUGACGAUCGAGGCGUUUGAAAAGUCGCUGUUGACGGCACAGCAGGAGAGCGAGCUGAGGGCGAGAACCGCCGCCAUUCCGGGGAGGACGACGCCACAAAUACGGGGCGAUGGCAACGGCGACGGAGACAGGAGCAGGAGUUCCAGCAGGGCAGGAAUGGCACCGCAAGGACUGGGCAUUUCGAACACGUCUCAAAUGGGACCAGGUCCGCCCUUGCGGCCCCAGGAAAGGAGACCAUCGCCAGCCUUUGCCAAGGACAUUGGUUCUCGGUCCCAAAGUCCCCUGGGCAUGCGUGGGCCACCACCUACGGGGCCGCUGCCAUCGCCAAACAUUAGGGGCGGAGAACAGCGUCCAAACCCUCCAUUCGCAGGCCGCCCAAGGCCGCAAAGUCCCAUGGGGAGGGGGCCUAGAUCAGAGAGUCCCAUGCGACUACCGCCUCCGCAGAACAGAGCGCCGAGGACGCAGAGCCCAAUGGGACGAGGUCCAUUGCCGUCACCGCUAGCACCACCGCAACAACAGGCACAGCAAACACCAAUGCGCAGUCCGGCACGAACGCCUGGAGCCAGGCGACCAACUUUGACCUCGGCAGGCGUGCCCGCACCUGGCGCUCCAGGCAGCCCCGUCACCGAGAAGCAGAUGCCGCCGUUCACCCGAGAACCCGGCAGCGCAUACAGCACACAGCACUCGCCGCAGUUCGACCUCGAGAUCCACCGGCCGCUGCCGAGCCUGAGCAGCCCCACGCUCGACUUUGCCAACGGCCCCGGUCCCGUCGUCACCACGGCCCCGCCGAGCCCUAUCGUGCGAACCGCACCCGUCUUGGGCGCAUCCACUGCCCCAUCCAGCCCCGUGAUCCGCGGACCCAUCGGGCCACUGCCGCGGAGGCCAGGCGCCGACGAGUACGGCGUCCCUCUACCGCGCUCCAACUCGGACCGCGACGUGCUGCGCGGCCCGCCGAAAGCAGCCGUCGGAGCCCACCGCGGCAACGACUCCCCGCUGACGUCCCCGCUGCGCUCGCCGGCCAAGAUCGACGCGCGCGCACGGGAUAACAACAACACGCCCCAGCCGCUUGUGCUGUCUCCCAACAGCCCGCAGCCCCCGCCGCUUCAGCUCUCCCCGGCGUCGGGUCCGCCGCCAUCAUCCUCCAAACACCAGCAGCAACACUCGCUCGAGCUCAGCUGGAGCUUCUCCAAGGAAGGGGCUGACGCCACCAAGCCGAGCAACAAGUUUGCCGCGCCGCUUCCCAGCCCGCUGUUUGCGAGCCGGGACUUCGGCGGGCCCCUCAGCGCUGCCGUCGGCGGUAGCAUGAGCAGCAGCUUCAGCAACCACAAUCAGGUCAACCGCAGCAACAGCAGCGGCAACAGCAAUGUGAACACCUACAGGAACAAGAACCUCCAAGUCCCAUCCCGCGGCCCGAGCCCGGCCCCGAGCCCCAAGUUCCCCUUCAACGACGGCAAGGACCACGACAUUGAAGAGGACGGCAUCAGCGCGCCCCCGACGCCCGACUCAACCAACUGGCCGCUCCCUUCAUCGUCCCCGAACCUCAGCCACCUUCAACCGCCGCCGCCGUCAACCUCCCGGUCGCGCAGCGCCAGCGCGGCCAGCCACUGGAUCGGCGGCGACAGCAUCAGCAUUAGCAAGACGACCAACAACAGCGGCCUCGGCAACACCACCACCAUCACUACCAACAACAAUAACAAUAACAACAACAUUCCCGGCAGCCCAUUCAGGAAGCACACAGCCGAGGACAGCCAGAGCAGCAACUGGUCGCGCGACAGCCCAUCGCGGCCGCCGCGGGCAAAGGUUCCUCCUCCGCUGAACCUUUUCAGCGCGCAGCAGUACGCCGAGGUCAUAGGGUCCAGCGGGCCGUACACGCCCAGCCCGACGAGGAGCAUGACGACGCCGAUCGCGGCGUGUGACGUCGCGGCGGUCAUGGCAGGCGACGGCAAGGGCCUCGCGGCUCAUCACUACCAACAGCAGCAACAUUAUCAACAUCACCCGGGGGCCAUUGGGAUGGCGAGGGGGUUGAGUCUCGUCCACGAGCAGCAGCAUCUGUGGGGGGAGCAUCGCCAGCCCCCACAGCAGCAACAGCAGGGCCCUUCGCCAAGGAGGCCCGAUCAUGGGCUAGUGGCGCCAACUGGAAUUGCGGAUCGGUUUGGGACUGGAUUUAUCUAG